AUGGUACCAUUGAGGACCUUCUACGGACUUGCUUCUUUAGCCUAUCUUGUUCUUGGUCUAUUCUGGUUCCUGAGGUUUGUUCAGUUCUGGAAGGAUGUCAUACAGCUGCAUUAUCAGAUUACUGCUGUUAUUGCCCUUAGCAUGUCUGAAAUGGCUCUCUGGUAUUUUGACUAUGCAAAUCUUAAUGCCACCAGAAGCAGACCUAUGGUAAUUACAAUAUGGGCAGUCACAAUGACUGCUGUAAAGAAGACGUUGUCUCAUGUGCUUGUUUUAGUCGUUUCGAUGGGUUAUGGUGUUGUUCGGCCUACUCUUGGUGGUGUAACCUCAGAAGUGUUUCUGUUAGCCCUUACAUAUUUUAUUUCCACCGAGGCACUUGAACUUGUGGAGCAUUUGGGCAGCAUCAAUGACUUCUCAAGGAAAACCAAGAUAUAUUUGGUGCUGCCUGUCGUUUUCUUGGAUGCAUCAUUUAUUUUGUGGAUAUUCUCAUCAUUAUCUAAGACACUGGAAAAAUUGCAGAUGCGGAAAAGCAUGGCAAAACUUGAACUUUAUAGAAAGUUUACCAAUUCCCUUGCAAUUUUUGUGCUUCUUUCCCUUGCUUGGGUUGGCUAUGAGGUUGGUCCCCAUGUAAAACAUAUUCUUGCUGUUAGUGCAAAAGCAAAUCACUUGCGACGCGAUAUAGUUCAGCCGGAGUAG